CCCUCACUGUAUCUUCAUCAUCCUCCAUCGCCCUUCCGUCCACCAUCAUCGGUGCCAUCCACCACUGUCGGCGUCCCUCCGUCUACACUCGUUUUCUCCUCCGUCUUCAUCCAGAACCUCACCGCCGGUUCAAUGGCUCCGGAUAGAGAUGCUCCACCUGAAAACUCACAAGAAAACUCACAAGAAAGAGAUGCUCAAGAAAGAGAUGCCACGGAUACAAAUGCUCCACCUGAUACUGAAGCAAAAGAAGUUGCACGAGGCAUCACCAUUAUGAAGGGAAUCAUUCGACAUAGAGACCAAGGAUUAGUAUACCAUUUGGAUUGGAAUUCUGAUAAACAAGCAAUUGGUCCUAAUUCUGCAAAGUUGACAAGCUAUAUUGGUACACUUGUUCGUAUGCAUAUUCCGGUCUCCAUAGCUAAAUGGAAUCUGAAAAGCGAAGAGUUGGAUGCGGAAAAAAAAGCGAUUUGGGACGAGCUUCAGAGGACUUUUGAGAUACCAGAUGAUCGUAGACGCUACAUACUUAGUUUGGCCGGCAAAAGAUAUAGAGGGUGGAAAGCUUUUUUGACAAACACCUAUCUUAAGGAUAAAGAUGGAAACUUUCUUGAAGAGGCACCGGGACGGCCAAAAAAGUAUGAGAUCUUCAUUGAUGAAAAAGAUUGGGUUGAGUUUGUAAAGCAAAGAGAUGAAGAUUUUCGGAAAAGGAGUGCCACGAAUAGUGCGAGAGCAUCCAAACCCGCGUAUCCAUACAAAAAAGGGCGUUUGGGAUAUGCACGCUUAGAGGAUAAAAUUUUAGAGGAGACUAAAAGUGAGGAAACUUCACUUCCUGUACAUGUGUUAUGGAAGGAAGCUCGUGUGGGCAAGAAUCAAGCUGUCGAUCCCGAUGUUCAGAGAGUUUAUACUGAAUGUGUAAGUAUAAUGUUGUGUCUUUAAUUAAAUCAAAUGUUUUUUAAUAUAUAAAUGAUUUUUUAUCUCCACUAAUAAUUAUUGAAAUGUAAAUGAAUUACAG